AGCAUCUAUUUGCAAUGGGAAAUGUUGUUCAGAAAUCAAAUCAUCUGUGCUGCAAAGAUGCAUUGAAAUUUAGCAAACAAAAUUCGAUUCUUAAUCCACUUACAGUAUAAGUAAUGAUUCACAAGCUAGAAUAUUGAGGAGAGAACAAUGGCUAAGCAUGGAGCAUUCCUAUUCUCUUAUGCUUUCUCUACUCUCAUACUUACUAUGAGCUUAUUGUGCAACGCCAUUGAUCAUGAAGAUAGAAAGGUUCAUAUAGUGUAUCUGGGGUCACUUCCUGAUGAUGAGGAGUACUCGCCAAGGUCUCAUCACCUCGAUAUAGUACAAAGAGUUGUUGAUGGCAGUUCUGCUGAAAGUUGCUUGAUAAGAAGUUACCAAAGGAGCUUCAAUGGAUUUGCUGCAAAGCUCAGUGAUCAUGAAAAAGAAAAGAUUGCUAACAUGGAGGAGGUGAUCUCUGUCUUUCCUAGCAGAAACUUCCAACUUCAAACAACGAGGUCAUGGGACUUUAUGGGUCUCAAGCUGUCAAGUCCUCGAAAAGUCACUGCUGAGAGUAAUGUUAUUGUUGCUGUGAUUGACACUGGAAUUGACCCUGAUUCGGAGAGCUUUAGAGAUGAAGGUUUUGGUGCUGCUCCUAUGAAGUGGAAAGGUGUUUGUGAAGGUGGCGAAAAUUUCAGUUGCAACAACAAGAUAAUUGGAGCUCGUUUUUACGAACCAGCAAAGUCUGCAAGGGAUGAAGACGGCCAUGGAACCCACACUGCCUCAACAGCAGCAGGGAAUGAGGUAAGGGAUGUAAGCUUUUACGGAUUAGAACCAGGUACAGCUAGAGGAGGGGUUCCCUCAGCGAGAAUUGCUGCGUAUAAAGUCUGUGGGGCUACAGGGUGCUCUUCAGAGGCUAUAUUGGCUGCUUUUGACGAUGCAAUUGCUGAUGGAGUUGACAUUGUGUCAGUCUCACUUGGAAGUGCAAGUCCCCUUCCUUUUGAUAAUGAUCCUAUAGCAAUUGGUUCUUAUCAUGCAAUGACGAGAGGGAUAUUGACAUCAAACUCUGCAGGCAACAGUGGUCCUGGAGCUGGUACUGUAACAAGUGUAGCGCCGUGGAUGCUUGCAGUUGCAGCAAGUAGCAAAGAUCGUCGGAUCAUUGACAAGGCCGUUCUUGGAAGUAGGACACUAGUAGGGGCUUCAGUGAACUCUUUCAUAUUGAAAGGUAGUUUUCCAUUGAUAUAUGGAAAAGAUGCUUCAAGUAAAUGCCCCGAAUACUAUGCUAGGAGUUGUGCAGUUGGUUGCUUAGACAGUAAUUCAGUUCAGAACAAGAUCGUGCUAUGUGAUCAGCCCGCCGGACUUUAUGAGGCUGAUCGAGCUGGUGCACAAGGCACAAUUUUCUACAAUCCCAUACCUGAUGAUGCUUCUCUUGUCCCAAUGCCUGCUGUGGGUUUGAGAUCCGAAGACUAUAAUGUGGCCAUAUCUUACAUGAACUCGACAAAAGAUCCUCAAGCAAGCAUAUCAAAGAGUGAAAACAUAAAAGAUCCAGCUGCACCUGAAGUUGUUUCUUUCUCUUCGCGCGGACCUAAUCAAAUUUUACCUGAAAUUAUUAAGCCAGAUGUAACUGGCCCGGGAGUGACCAUUAUAGCUGCAUAUCCGAGUGAUGUUCCUGUCACAAGUGGCUCUAGAGACACAAGACGAGUCAAGUAUAAUAUACUAUCCGGAACCUCCAUGUCUUGCCCCCACGCCACUGGUGUAGCUGCAUAUGUUAAAGAGUUCCACCCUGAUUGGUCUCCAGCAGCCAUUAAAUCUGCUAUUAUGACUACAGCUUGGCCUAUGAAUGAUACAUCCAACAGCUCAUCCCCCGGUGAAUUUGCGUAUGGAUCCGGUCAUAUCAAUCCUCUAAAAGCUAUUGACCCAGGGCUUGUGUAUGAUGCUUCUGCAGAGGAUUACAUUAAGUUACUCUGCUUGGAUAUGGACGAGGCGAGAGUCAGACUUAUAUCAGGAGAUAACAGCACUUGUCCUACAGCUUCUGAACAAGGAUCGGCAAAGGAUCUCAACUACCCUUCAAUAUCAGCUAUUGUUACACCAAUGACACGUUUUACGGUGAAAAUACGUAGAAGAGUUACAAAUGUUGGCCUUGCAAAUUCCACCUACAAGGCCGAAAUCAUGCCAAACUCUCAAGUUGACAUCAAAGUGGAUCCUCAAGUUCUUUGCUUCAAGUCCGUAAACGAGGAGAAGACUUUUGAUUUGACCAUUGUUGGAAGAGGGUUGCCAGAUGGAUCACAUAUGUCUUCGUCCUUGGUUUGGUCCGAUGAAACUCAUAAGGUUAAAAGUCCAGUUCUAGUGCAAAGCUUAUCAGCAGCAGCAUCAUCACGGUUUCAUUAAUCUACUGCAUGUAUUGAAACUUGUCUAGUGUAUGAAGUAAUAAAGCCAACCCUGGAAGCAUUCUGAUUGUGAUGAAGCAUAACAAGAUAGUAGUAUUAUUGCAUGUAUUGAAACUUGUCUAGUGUCUGAAGUAAUAAAGCCAACCCUGGAAGCAUUCUGA